CUAGGUGUUUCAAAAAUCAGAAAUGAGAACAGGAGAAGGAUAGAAAGCCGCGAAUCCUUUAAAGCUUGACCCUCUCUAGCCGUUUUCCGGUGCCCAAAGUGGCAGCGUCCCAACCAGCUCCAGCGCCUCGCCGUCCCUCUCUUCGUUUCGUCUCUGUUAAACGCCUUCUCUGUUAAACGCCUCAGAAGUAGGAGAGGAGGAAGAAAGCACCCAUCGCCGGCGUGGAAUCCAUCUGCUUCUCUAGCCGUCGUCCACUCUUCCAAUAAAGAUCCUUGAUUUUCUCCCAGGUCUGUAAUUAUCCUUCAACGAAAGAGGUGAAUCUCUUCAACAAUCCUGAAACUCUCUCAGGAUUUGCGUGUCUUGCUAUAUCUCUCUCUGCUGUUUCAAGGAAUUCUAGAGUUUUCCAGUUCUUUGCCCAAGGGGAAGUUACCUCCAUUGCAUCCUAUUGUCGUCAUGGCCACCAGUUUUGGAGCAAACACGGACAUAACAAAAUGCAUUACUGGCUCAAUUAGACCCUCUUGUCAGAAGUCCUCCAUCUCCCAACAUUAUCUAUGGAGAUCCCCAUCUGGUCGCUUCUCUAAAAAGUUGCCAUUACUAUCUUUGGCUGCUGGAGAAGUGGGAGCAGAAAGAAAAACAAAGGGUUUCCAUAUACUUUCAAUGUCAAAGGCUGCCACUGGUGAAAGUGCAGACAGGGUUGAGACCCUUACAUACAAGGAUGCAGGUGUUAACAUCGAUGCAGGGUCAGAGCUUGUUAGGAGAAUUGCAAAAAUGGCUCCUGGGAUUGGAGGCUUUGGAGGCCUUUUCCCUCUUGGGGACUCGUAUCUUGUUGCUGGUACAGAUGGAGUUGGAACUAAACUUAAGCUUGCUUUUGAAACUGGAAUUCACGAGACCAUUGGGAUUGAUUUGGUUGCAAUGAGUGUCAACGACAUUGUUACAUCUGGUGCAAAGCCUUUAUUUUUCCUCGACUAUUUUGCCACAAGCCAACUUGAUGUUGAUCUUGCUGAAAAGGUUAUAAAAGGAAUUAUAGAUGGCUGCCAACAAGCAGACUGCGCUCUUUUAGGAGGCGAGACUGCAGAGAUGCCAGAUUUUUAUGCAGGCGGUGAAUAUGAUCUCAGUGGUUUUGCAGUUGGCAUAGUAAAGAAGGAUUCGGUUAUUGAUGGUAAAAAUAUUGUGGCUGGAGAUGUCCUCAUCGGUUUGCCAUCUAGUGGAGUUCAUUCCAAUGGAUUCUCUCUUGUUAGAAGGGUUUUGGCCCGAAGUGAACUUUCUCUAAAGGAUCAACUUCCUGGUGCAGCCGUUACAUUAGGUGAAGCUCUGAUGGCCCCGACAGUUAUAUAUGUAAAGCAGGUUCUUGACUUGAUCAACAAGGGAGGUGUGAAAGGAAUAGCCCACAUCACUGGUGGUGGUUUUACAGACAAUAUACCUCGUGUAUUUCCAAGUGGUCUUGGAGCUGUAAUCUACAAGGACUCUUGGGCGGUCCCGCCUGUGUUCAAAUGGAUCCAAGAGGUGGGAAGUGUGGAAGAUUCUGAAAUGAGGCGGACUUUUAAUAUGGGCAUCGGGAUGGUUCUAGUUGUUAGCAAGGAGGCAUCCCUCAGAAUACUUGACAACAGGAAUACAUCUAACAUAGCAUAUUGCAUUGGUGAAGUUGUUGAUGGUGAAGGAGUAAGCUAUGGCUGAUAUAAUUUAUUUUUGUUUUUAUUUUAUUUUCGGCAUAAUGCCAUCAUUGUAUCUGUGUGGUGAGAUGGGAUAUUCAAAUUCCGGCCUUCUUUGAUGUUUUGUAAUUUAAUUUUGAAAUGUUCAAUGCAAAGAAAUUCUUGUUCAAAAA